AACGUCGACUUCACUUUUUCGCGGUAAAUGAAUAGUGUUUCUAUGCAGGAGUUGUUUAGAGCCUUGUCAUCUUUUAAGGGAGAAGUUUAGAAGUAACUGCUGCAUAUAGGGGCAACGUAGUUGGAAAAAUUGCGUUGUCGUUGUUAUGAAACAACGGUAAAGCUUACCAUAAGGCCGGCAGACAUUUGUUCUAAUUGUAAAUAUAGAAAUAAAAAAACAAACAAUGGCGACAGUGACCGCAGAGAGUCUGAAGUCAGAGCUGGACGUGUUUGGCAUAACGUGCCUGGACGAGUCGGCCCUCGACAAAAUGGUGGAGCAGUGCAUUUGUAGCAGGUUAGGAGCAGACGACAUGGUAAAUGAGUGGGUCGCCUACAGCAGCACCAGAACUGGAAUAAAGCUCAGCGUGGACACAUUGGAACAGUUUGAACAUGAGGUGUUGAACAAGAAAAAGUCCAAAACAUCGUUUAGAAAAGAAGACACUCUUAACAAAACAAGAGACAUCCACUCACUGCAGGAGUUAAUUAAGGCUGAAGAAGAGGAGGACAAUCUUCUAGACACUUACUCAACCCCAGGAAAGGGUUCUCAGAAACGAGCACUGACCACUCCUGAACACCCUCAAUCAAAGAGGACCGCAGCUCGGCUGACCAGCCCUGGUCUGCUGCUGUCACCCGCCAACUUCUCUCCCAGUGUAACUCCCUCACAGAAGUACGGCCAGCGAGGAGGGAAAGGGGAGGUGGUGACCACGUUCGGGGCUGUCCAGGGCACCCGCUGGGUGGGCAAGAGGGCUCCGGGUACCAGCGUCCCACUGGAGCUGCUGGAAGGUUCUGAAGAGACUCUCCAAUGCAGCUACAAGUACAUGUUCCAGCGGCUGCGAGAUGUACGAAAUGUGUUGACAGAGAAGAUUGAAGAGUUGGGAGAGAGCCUCAAGUCUCACUUUACAAUCGAAGAGUUUUCUCCAGUCUCUUUACCAGCACAGGACACUAUUACAGUGUUGGGUCAGGUGUGCUGUGACAGUAAUGGGAAACUGAACGCUCAGUCCGUUCUGUUAGAGGCAGGACCAGAACAAGGUGGUCAACAAGUACCUGUAGAUCUGUCAGAGCUUAAAGAGUACUCUCUGUUUCCUGGUCAGGUUGUGGUGAUGGACGGAAUGAACACAACAGGACGGAAACUAGUGGCCUCUAAAGUGCUUGAGGGAGUCCCUCUUCCUUUUUACACCCCUGAGAUAAAAAUGGAAAUUGAUGAAGAGCCAGUGAAUGUACUCGUGGCCUGUGGGCCGUACACUACUUCUGACACCCUGGCUUUUGAUCCUCUGCUGGACUUGAUCGGUGUCAUUAACAGGGAUCAACCUGAUGUCUGCCUGCUGCUUGGCCCAUUUGUUGAUUCCAAACAUGAACAAAUUGAGAAAGCUCAGGUGACUGAGACAUUUGAGGCUAUUUUUUCAAGAUGUAUUGAAAGCAUUGUGGACGGUACAAAAAGUGUGGGAUGUCGCCUGGUGUUUGUGCCCUCACAGAGAGACAUCCACCAUCACUUCAUCUACCCACAGCCUCCAUUCACACUACCAAAAUUCAGCAGUGACCAGGCCAAGCGGAUCACGCUGGUCCCCGACCCCUGCACCCUGCUGAUUGAUGGUGUGACCCUCGGCCUGACAUCUACCGACAUUCUGUUUCACAUGGGCGCAGAGGAAAUCAGUUGUGGCACUGCAUCAGACAGAUUUUCUCGCAUAUUAAAACACAUUCUGAUCCAGAGAAGUUACUACCCACUGUUCCCACCUGCGGAGGAGGUCAACAUGGACUAUGAGAAAUUCCAGCAAUUUGGUCAGAUGCCCCUCACCCCAGACAUACUCAUCAUUCCCUCAGAGCUGCGGUACUUUGUGAAGGAUGUGGUUGGCUGUGUUUGCGUCAAUCCUGGACGCCUCACUAAAGGUCAUGUGGGCGGGACCUAUGGCAGGCUGCUUAUCCAACGCAGCGCUGUGUCAGACAAUGGAAAGAGACAGAGCCCCUGUCUGGCUGCUCAGGUGGUGAAAAUCUAGGGACUGACAUUUUCACUGUUGUCAGAAAUAACCAACAUUAACUCAGAGCAGUUUGACCGCAGCUGCUUAAACUCCAUCUUUCAGACCAAACUAUAUUUAGGUUGGAAAGGUGAGUUCAUUCACUCAACGCCACUGUCUUUGGGUUGGAUCACAUACAUUUAACAUUUGUUGUUUUUUUUAAGCAUGUGCACUCCUUGUUGCUUUAAGCAAAGAAGUAAAACUGUAAACAACAAUCUCCUGCCCACUUUGGUAAUAAAAGCAAAACAUUCAGUCGUAGAAGUGAUCAAACUCAUCAGAGUCACUUUGAUAAAUGAUGUUUGUUGGUGAGUCCCGCUCCAGUUGAAAACUCUCCACAUUGUCACAAGGCACUGAAAAAUAAACAAACUCCUUAACUUCAUUAAUUAGACGUGGACACAUUUACAGCUAUUGCUUCAAAAAUUCAACUCCAUUGAAGGGUCUUGCUAUCUACUGUUUUCACAUUUUAUGGAUAUAUUGUCAGUUUAAUAAAUAAUACGUUACCUUUA